AUGGCACCUCCACCAGGACCUUAUUCUGGAACCAGCACCCUAGCUUUGGUCGCUAGAGCUUCUGCUUUCUCUUUCGGCAUUGUUUAUGGAUCCAUUAAGCUCAAGUUGCUAAAGUCAAAAGCAAAGUCUCAACAGAAAGCUGAGGCCAAGGCUCAUCACUGA